CCCUUAGCCCUCAGUCAUCAGCCCUCAAUCCUCAGCCCUUAGCCCUCAGUCCUCAGCCCUCAGUUCUCAGUCCUCAGUCCUCAGUCCUCAGUCCUCAGUUCUCAGCCCUCAGCCCUCAGUCCUCAGCCCUCAGUCCUCAGUCCUCAGCCCUCAGUUCUCAGCCCUUAGCCCUCAGCCCUCAGUCCUCAGCCCUCAGUUCUCAGCCCUUAGCCCUUAGCCCUCAGUCCUCAGCCCUCAGUCCUCAGUCAUCAGUCCUCAGUCGUCAGCCCUCAGUCCUCGGUUCCCUCAGUCCUCAGUUCUCAGCCCUUAGCCCUCAGUCAUCAGCCCUCAAUCCUCAGCCCUUAGCCCUCAGUCCUCAGCCCUCAGUUCUCAGUCCUCAGUCCUCAGUCCUCAGUCCUCAGUUCUCAGCCCUCAGCCCUCAGUCCUCAGCCCUCAGUCCUCAGUCCUCAGCCCUCAGUUCUCAGCCCUUAGCCCUCAGCCCUCAGUCCUCAGCCCUCAGUUCUCAGCCCUUAGCCCUUAGCCCUCAGUCCUCAGCCCUCAGUCCUCAGUCAUCAGUCCUCAGUCGUCAGCCCUCAGUCCUCGGUUGUCAGCCCUCAUUUCUCAGCCCUCAGCCCUCAGCCCUCAGUCCUCAGUCUUCAGCCCUCAGUCCUCAGUCGUCAGCCCUCAGCCCUCAGUCCUCAGUCCUCAGCCCUCAGUCCUCAGCCCUUAGCCCUCAUUUCUCAGCCCUCAGCCCUCAGCCCUCAGUCCUCAGUCUUCAGCCCUCAGUCCUCAGUCCUCAGCCCUCAGUCGUCUGCCCUCAGCCCUCAGUCCUCAGUCCUCAGCCCUCAGUCCUCAGCCCUUAG